AUGGCUUUAUUUGAAAUUAUUAUUUCAUUAUUUGUUGUUUAUAUUAUACAUAAUGCUAUUUCAAAAUAUAAAAAAAUUCAUGUUAAUGAGUUAUGUGGUCCAACCCCAAUUCCAAUUUUAGGAAAUCUCCAUCAAUUUGGAGAAUUACCUCAUAGAGUAUUAACAAAGAUGACUAAAAAGUAUGGCCAUAUUUUAAGGGUUUAUAUGGCAGACAUGUACACUGUUGUUGUAUCUGAUCCAUUAUUAAUUAGAGAAAUGUAUGUUGAUAAUUCUGAUAUUUUCACCGAUAGAGUUAAAAAACCAUCAGUUGAACAUGGAACAUUUUAUCAUGGUACAGUUACAAGUUAUGGUGAACAUUGGAAAAACAAUAGAGAAAUUGUUGGUAAAGCAAUGAGAAAAACAAAUUUAAAACAUAUUUAUGAAUUAUUAGAUAAACAAGUUGAUGUAUUAAUAAGAUCAAUGAAAUCAAUUGAAACCAGUGGUAAAACAUUUGAUACUCGUUAUUAUAUUACAAAAUUUACAAUGUCAGCAAUGUUUAAAUUUCUUUUCAAUCAUGAUAUUCCAGAGGAUGAAGAUAUUAAUAAAGGUGAUACACAAAAAUUGAUGGGUCCAAUGUCUGAGGUUUUUCAAAAUGCUGGUAGAGGUAGUUUAUUUGAUGUCAUAAAUAUUACUCAACCACUUUAUCUUUUAUAUUUAGAAAUGUUUGAUCAAAGUUUUAAAGAUAUUAUGAAAUAUCAUAGAGAGAAAUAUAAUGAACAUUUAAAAACCUUUGAUCCAGAUGUUGAAAGAGAUUUACUUGAUAUUUUAAUUAAAGAAUAUGGUACUGAUAAUGAUGAUAAAAUUUUAUCAAUUUUGGCAACAAUUAAUGAUUUUUUCUUAGCAGGUGUUGAUACAAGUUCAACUGCUUUAGAAUCAAUGGUAUUGAUGUUAACAAAUUAUCCAGAAAUUCAAGAAAAAGCAUUUGAUGAAAUAAAGACAGUUGUAAAUGGUAGAAGUAAAGUUAAUUUAUCAGAUAGACAAUCAACACCUUAUUUAGUUGCUGUAAUAAAAGAAACAUUAAGAUAUAAACCAAUGUCACCAUUUGGUUUACCAAGAUCUUCAUCAAAGGAUUGUAUGAUUGGUGGUCAUUUCAUUCCAAAGAAUGCACAAAUUUUAAUUAAUUAUCAAGCACUUGGAAUGAAUGAAGAAUAUUAUGAAAAUCCAGAACAAUUUGAUCCAUCAAGAUUUUUAAAAGUUGAAUCAAAUGUUGCAUUUUUACCAUUUAGUAUUGGUAUUAGAAGUUGUGUGGGUCAAAGUUUUGCUCAAGAUGAGCUAUACAUUUGUAUUUCAAAUAUUCUUUUAAAUUUUAAAUUAAAAUCAAUUGACGGUAAAAAGAUUGAUGAAACUGAGGAAUAUGGCCUCACACUAAAAACUAAAAAUAGAUUCAAUGUAACUCUUGAAAAAAGAAUUAUCUAA